AUGUCAAACCCAAAAGACGACGGGAACUACACCUCCCACAACCAAGACAAGAACCCAGCCACAGAUACAAACCCUCAUCCUACCGUCAACCUCACCAACACCCCAAACAAACACCACGGAACAGCCACCACCGGCCCCAAACCUCAACAACACCCGCCCAUCUUCGACAUCGCUCACCACGGAUGGGACGCCUCCAACGUCCCCACCGCAAAAUGCGACCUCUGCCACCGCCAGCGCUGCGGCACUCUACAAAAAUGCCGUGUAUGCAAGCUCUCCAUCUGCCAAGCAUGCUGUGUCAGCGGCCGUCUGCAAAGCGACCCCAGACACACCAUUGAUACCGCCGUGGACUGGGAUGCGCCGCCUACCCUUCGCAAGCGGAAACGCCUGGCUUCCGAGAUGCCGUCGGGGACUAAGAAGCAGGGAGCGGGCGCAACACCAGGCCGUAAACGGAGACAAGGUUAUGAGUCGAAGGGUCCCUUGGCUUCUUCUUUCGUCGUGGUAUCGGACGAGGCUGCUCGAGCUGUAAAUGGCGAGGCUUCCUGGCAAAGGGAUGCUCGGUUUCGAGAGUAUGGCUGUGAUGGUCCUAUGGAGCCGCGACUUUCCGUCGCUCCGGCAUCGUAUUAUCCUCUCGUCAGUCGAGCUCAGGGGAUGAACGAACUCUCGCCCAAGAACACCGCUCGUUAUGAACUUCAAACGACGAGUUCCGGCUAUAAGAGAUCACCUGCUAUCGAAGAAGUCCGUGAUGUUUGCGGCAACGAUGAACAAUACCGAGCUCCUCUUAGCAGUGAGGGUUACCAUAAAGCUCCCGCUCCGGAGCUAUUGCCUCGCCAUCCCGUUUCUUCAGAAAAAGACUGCUCUCAAGCCGCUCCAUCUCGGCCUGUGCUACCACCUAUAACGCCUUUGCUCAGGGACAGACGCAUACAGCAUCAACGCUCCGAGACCUUCCAAAUCAGCUCAGACAUCCUUAACCGUCUCGACCACCUCCUACACCACCACCACCAACAAUCCAUCUCCAACGAAUCCUGGCCUCUGCACGAACAAACCGACUGCCUCGGCACCAGCCUCGCCAACGCCGCUCGUGAAAGCCAUCACGCAUCCAGCCCCCCUAAGCCUCUCGACCACUGCCUCCGCGAAGAAGUCCAAGCCGUGUGGACGUCUCGCGCUUUCAUCGCUCAGGAUCCCGACACCGGCCGUCGUUAUCGUCGACUCCUUGCCGCGAUGUACUUUGCUAGUACACGUCUUGGUCUUGAGCCGCGGGGUAAUGCAGCGCGGGAGUGGUUGUGCGGAGAGGAGAGAAAGAUGAGGGAGAUGGGGUAUGAAGCUACAGGUACCAAGACUGCGCAGUUGUUGGAUUUCCUUCAGGAGGUUGGGAUCUGGUAUCUGCAACAGGUUCAACGUUAG